AUGGCAGAGGCUGUUGUUUAUGUUGUGCUUGGGAAAAUUGCUGCUAGUUUGGGGCGAGAUGCUAUAAAUGCAAUAGGAAAAGAAGCAUCGGAUUUACUUGAAGCUGAGAACAACAUGAAGCAGCUUGAGAUUGAAUUUAGAGUUAUGAAAGCUUUUCUAAUCCAAGUAACAAUGUGCUCAUCACGUAAUCUGGCUUUUGAUGCGUGGCUUGAUGAGGUAAAGAGGGUUUCACAUGACGCUGAGGAUGUAAUUGACGGGUAUGAAUACCUGCUUGGACAAUCAAAUACACAAGGUUGUAGUUCACUGAAGAAACUAUGGCGCCGUUCCAAACAUGCGGGUGGUUGGCGAAGCAUUACUGAACAGCUUAAGCAGAUUGAGGUCCGCCUUUCAAAGCUCACAAACAUGAGAGAUCGUUAUGGUAUUGCAAUCAAUGUAGAAGAAGUUAACCACACAAGCCAGAAUGGUCAGCUGGAACAUGCUCUGGACUCAACAUGUAUAAACAUCGAGGAUGAGGUGGUCGGGAUUGAAGAAGAAACAUCAUGGCUCGUACAACAGUUGAUACACGGGCAAGAAGAACGAACAAUCGUCUCUGUCUGUAGUAUGGGUGGUUUAGGCAAGACGACUCUUGUCCGCCAGGUCUAUAAAAAGGAUGAAAUUAAGCACAAUUUUGACUGUUCUGCAUGGAUUUCAGUUUCUCAAAGUUACAACAUUGAACAUCUGUUGAGGGAACUAUUAAAGCAGCUCCAGGAGAAGGAAAAGGACAUCCCUCGUCAGGUUGGCACUAGGGAUGCUGCAAGCUUGGUACAAACACUAACGGACUUCUUGCAGGACAAAAGGUAUUUGAUUGUCUUGGACGACAUGUGGGGUCGAGAUGCCUGGGUAUUAGAGCCUUAA